AUGCUGUCCUUCAAAAGGGCCAUUCUCUUUGCCGCCUUCUUCCUCACAGCUUUCAUAUUGCUCCGGCAAUCGCACGGCUCGACCGCAAGCGACGAACAAAUAGCAGCACCGUCGAAAAAGGACUCGCCCUCGACCUCCGAUCAUGCCGCCGCUGCAUUGAAGCAAGAUGAUAGGCAUGUUCCUGCCCAGAAGGCUCUCCAGGACAUGUCCAAGAUGUCAUUGUACGAUAAGCUGGCAUACCAGUACCCCUACGAUGUCGAAAGCAAGUUUCCAGCGUACAUAUGGCAGACUUGGAAGUACACUCCCGCCGAAGGCAAGUUCCAUUUCCGUGAGCAGGAAGCGUCAUGGACAAAUUUGCACCCGGGUUUUGUGCACGAGGUCAUCACGGAUGCUGUUGCGGCGCAAUUGUUGCGCGUUCUCUACGCCGCCGUCCCCGAAGUCCUCAAAGCCUACCAUGCGCUACCAGAACCCGUCCUCAAGGCCGACUUUUUCCGGUAUCUCAUUCUGUUCGCAAGAGGAGGAAUCUACUCAGACAUUGACACAAGCGCCCUGAAAAGCGCGUUGGAAUGGAUACCCGACUCAGUGCCAAAGGAAAGCGUUGGUCUCGUCGUCGGUAUCGAGGCUGAUCCUGACCGCCCUGAUUGGGCAGAGUGGUACAGCAGGCGCAUCCAGUUCUGCCAGUGGACGAUUCAAUCCAAGCCAGGCCACCCUGUGCUUCGGGACAUUAUCAUGCGCAUCACAAAGGAGACACUGAAAAGACAGGAGGAGGGCGUGUUCAUCACCAAGAAGAAGAGUAUUGUCGAAUUUACAGGACCGGCCGUAUUCACGGAUACAGUAUUUGACUACUUUAAUGACGAUCGCUUCUUUGAUAUGAGCCAAAGUCAGGGCAAUAUCACAUGGGCAAAUUUCACUGGAAUGGAGACCCCCAAGAAAGUUGGCGACGUCGUGGUCCUUCCAAUUACCAGUUUCUCGCCUGGUGUUCAACAAAUGGGAGCAAAGGAUAUCAAUGACCCUAUGGCCUUUGUACAUCACAGGUUUGAAGGAACCUGGAAGCCCGAGAACGAACGCCAUAUUGGCGGAAGCUAG